AUGGUUUUCAAAUCAUUGAAGUUUGCAAAGAACCGAAUAAGCAAUUUGCUAGUGUGCAAUGUGCUAUCCAACUCUAGUUCCAAAAAAAGUAUUGCUACAACAUCACACAAUAAGAUUCAAAAUGAAGUAAGUAAAUUGCUGGCUCUAAAAGCACAAUUGGGCUCAGAAGAUGCAGCACCUCAGAAGUUUGUUCUCAAAACUCCAAAAGGAACCAGAGACUACAGUCCACAGCAGAUGACAAUAAGAAAUAAUGUACUGCAAAAAAUUAUUACUGUGUUUAAGAGACAUGGGGCAGAGUGUAUUGAUACUCCCGUUUUUGAAUUAAAGGAAGUGCUUACUGGAAAGUAUGGGGAAGACUCGAAAUUAAUUUAUGACUUAAAAGAUCAGGGAGGUGAAAUACUCGCUCUGAGAUAUGAUUUGACAGUACCUUUAGCCCGUUACUUGGCUAUGAGCAAGAUAACCACUUUGAAGAGAUAUCACAUUGCUAAGGUAUAUAGAAGAGAUAAUCCAGCAAUGACAAGAGGCAGAUAUAGAGAGUUUUAUCAAUGUGAUUUUGAUAUUGCUGGGCAAUAUGAUUUAAUGGUGCCCGAUGUAGAAUGUCUCAAAGUUGUGACUGAAAUUCUGGACACACUGGACAUUGGAAAGUAUAUAUUGAAGGUUAAUCAUAGGCGGUUGCUUGAUGGUAUGUUUGAGGUUUGUGGUGUUCCAGUGGACAAAUUCCGCACUGCUUGCUCAACCGUCGAUAAAUUAGAUAAGUCACCUUGGGAAGAAGUAAGAACGGAAAUGAUAAACGAGAAAGGAAUAACUCCUGACUCAGCGGAUAGAAUAGGAGAAUAUGUGCAAUUGAAUGGUGGUACGGAAUUGGUUGAUAAAUUAUUGAAAGACGAGAAGUUAAUCAAAUCAAAAGCAGCAGUUGAAGGCCUAGAGGGAAUCAAACUGUUGCUGAGCUAUUGUGAUAUACUUGGGAUAAAGGACAAAAUAUUGUUCGACUUAAGCUUAGCUCGGGGGCUGGAUUACUACACGGGUGUUAUCUACGAAGCUGUUUUAACCCAGUCUAUAAAAGUUGGCAACGAAGAGCUUACUGUCGGUUCUAUAGCGGGUGGGGGUCGCUACGACAAUCUUGUGGGGAUGUUCGAUUCGAAGAAGAAACAGGUACCGUGCGUGGGGGUCAGUAUCGGUGUGGAGCGAAUCUUCUCAGUGCUCGAGUCCAAACUCGCCGCGGGCGACAUUGCCGUGCGCACGAACGAGAUAGACGUAUACGUCGCCUCCGCUCAGAAGAACUUCCUAGAGGAGCGAAUGAAGAUAUGCGCCGAGCUGUGGAACGCCGGCAUCAAGACGGAGCAGUCGUACAAGAAAAAUCCUAAGAUGCUGAACCAGUUGCAACACUGCGAGGAGAACGGCAUACCGUUGGCCGUGAUCCUCGGCGAAUCCGAGCUGAGGAAUGGCCUCGUGAAGAUCAGGGAUAUCAAGACCCGGGACGAACGGGACGUGCCGAGGGCCGAUUUGGUCUCGGAGCUGAAGAAGAGGAUAGCUGCUUUGGGCGAGAAAGAGAUGAACGGCACCGCA